AUGUGUGUGAUUGUGUCACACAGUCUAACAGUAUCUAACAGCAGUGUGUGCUUGUGUGUUGAAGCUGUGUUGGAGAUCAAGUCAGUGGAUGUGGGCGUGGUGGCGAUUAGGGGUCUCCAUAGCAACUACUACCUGGCCAUCAGCAAGAAAGGAGACCUGUAUGGAGCGAGGGAGUUUGGUGAGGACUGCCGUCUGACAGAGCGGAUUGAGGAGAACCGCUACAACACAUACGCCUCAGCGGAGUGGAGGAACAGGAAGAAGUACAUGUUUGUGGGGCUCAACGCCAACGGCAAGCCCAUGAAGGGCAAGAGGACUCGCAGGAAGAAUACCACCACACACUUCCUGCCCCUGCUUGCUCUUCCUGCACUAGGGGUGUAACCGCAGCAACGAAACAGCAGUUUGGGGCCGCGCCACUGGACGCAGAGGGGGUGUAACCAGGGCAACGGGUGUUGGACGCCAUUGAACAAGCCCUUGAGGAGGGUUGAGUGCACUGAAGGGAAACAUAGACGUGGACACGACAAUGGCCCGGGGGGGCCUGUGCUACAGGUGUGACACGGACUAACUGAUUGGUCUGAAUUUUGGAGAAUCCGUCAACCGAUGUCCUAUAUUUGUUUCUAAGUUAUAAAGUUCAAGCCGGCACAGGAGAAAAUAUCAAAUUUUUCUGUGCCAAAUGUACUAUUAUUAUUAAUAAUAUUGUUAUUAUUAUUUUUUAAUGAAAAUGUCAAAGUAAAUUCUGCAGUAGAGACAUACAGGACCCUGAUGAAGACAUGAAUGGAGGGAGGACAGGUAUCAAUGCUGUACCAACUAAGUUAGUAGGCUGGGGCAGGCUGACAAAAGUCGGCCUAUAAUGCCCAUCAUGGCCUCUAGUGUCGAGGCUGAUAGAGGCCAGUUAUACACAGUUAGUCCAAGUUGGCCUCUAGUCUGGUGAGGGGGGGGCAGAACCAGAAAGUGGUGUGACUCAGAGACAGAGAAUAUAGAUAGUAGCAUCACAUAAACAACUCUAACAAAUAAUAUUAUUACUAACAACAUGAACAUUCACUGUGUUGGGUUAUUUCCAUUCUUUUUAUCUGACUGCUUUUAAAUAAAUUAUUUAUUUUACGUGAUAUUUAAAGAAACAAAAGAACAAAAAAACAGGAAAGGACAAAUUCUUUUAUAACAUUUAAGCUCUUCUUUUUGAUUACUAAUCUAUGGUUUAAACAUAAAUAA